CAAAUCGUCGCCGGCCAUUCCUCGUUUGGUCAACUCGGUUGGUGGGUGGUGAGUUGAACGACUGUCAACAAACAUUUGAGACUGUCUGAAUAUGUGGCGAGCUUUGGGAAAUAAACUCGCCUCCAAGUUAGCACAACUUCCACAGGCAACAGCAACCCAGGAUAUUGCUGCACUACGCCCUACCUCUCGGCUGCUAACGUCGAAACGAUUGGCUAGUGGGGUGAGUGGAGAUGUUAUUGGCAUCGAUUUGGGCACAACCAAUUCUUGUGUGGCUAUUAUGGAAGGGAAGAAUCCACGAGUUAUUGAAAACUCAGAAGGUUCUCGAACGACACCUUCUGUAGUAGCUUUUACCUCGGAAGGUGAAAGACUGGUUGGAACACCUGCAAAACGUCAAGCUAUAACCAACCCAGAAAAUACUUUUUUUGCCACAAAGAGACUCAUAGGAAGAAGAUUUGAUGAUUCUGAAGUACAAAGAGACGUGAAGACCAUGCCUUACAAGAUAGUAAGAGCAGAUAACGGUGACGCUUGGGUGGAAGCUCAAGGAAAGAAAUACUCACCCAGUCAAAUUGGAGCCUUCGUUUUGCAGAAAAUGAAAGAAACAGCAGAGUCCUUUUUAGGAAGAAAUGUAACCAAUGCCGUAGUUACAGUACCGGCAUACUUUAACGACUCACAGAGGCAGGCUACAAAGGACGCUGGUCGAAUUGCUGGUCUUAACGUGCUUAGAAUAAUUAAUGAGCCUACAGCAGCUGCACUAGCAUAUGGUUUGGAUAGAGCAGAAGGAAAAGUGAUUGCAGUAUAUGACUUGGGAGGAGGUACUUUCGAUGUAUCUAUUCUGGAAAUCUCAAGCGGAGUAUUCGAAGUGAAGGCCACCAAUGGCGAUACUCAUCUAGGUGGUGAAGACUUUGAUUACACUUUAUUAAACUAUUUGAUAGCAGAGUUUAAGAGAGAACAAGGAAUUGACUUGUCCAAGGAUAGAUUAGCCUUGCAGAGAUUAAGAGAAGCUGCUGAAAAGGCCAAAAUUGAGCUUUCUUCAACCAUGCAGACGGAUAUCAAUCUGCCUUUUAUUACUGCAGAUGCUAGUGGUCCAAAACAUAUGAAUAUGAAACUGACAAGAGCCAAGUUUGAGUCCCUUGUGGAGCCUUUGAUCAACCGAACGUUGGAUCCUAUGAAAAACUGUCUGAAAGAUGCCGGACUUAGUGCAAAAGAUAUUGCUGAUGUCAUUCUCGUUGGUGGAAUGACUCGAGUACCUCGCGUACAACGUACUGUCUCAGAAUUCUUUGGUAAAGAACCAAGCAAAGGUGUCAAUCCAGAUGAAGUAGUUGCUAUGGGAGCAGCUAUUCAAGGAGGUGUAUUACGUGGAGAUGUGAAGGAUAUAUUAUUAUUGGAUGUUACUCCUCUUUCUCUAGGCAUUGAAACUCUUGGAGGAGUUUUCACUCGAUUGAUUCCCAGAAAUACCACUAUUCCCACCAAAAAGUCACAAGUUUUCUCCACAGCUGCAGAUAAUCAAACGCAAGUUGGAAUCAAAGUUCUCCAAGGUGAACGAGAAAUGGCAGCAGAUAAUAAGUUACUGGGUCAAUUUGACUUGGUUGGUAUACCCCCUGCGCCUAGAGGAAUUCCUCAAAUUGAGGUUACUUUUGAUAUCGAUGCGAAUGGUAUUCUUCAUGUAUCUGCAAAGGACAAAGCAACUGGAAAGGAGCAGAGUAUUGUUAUCCAAAGCAGUGGAGGUUUAUCAGAAGGUGACAUUCAAAACAUGAUUCGCAGUGCAGAAGAACAUGCACAAGCUGAUAAACAACGUCGAGAACUAAUCGAAGCAAAGAACAAUGCAGAUAGUUUGUUGUAUUCGACAGAGAAGACUUUGAAUGAACAUCGUUCCAAAUUAUCUUCUGCAGAAAUUACUCAAGUAGAAACAGCUAUUCAGAAUUUGAGAAGCAGUAGUCAGGGCGAAAAUUUGGAAGAAAUCAAGCGCCAUUUAGAAGAACUUCAACAAGCAGCUAUGAAAAUUGGCGAAGCAAUGUAUCGUUCAUCCAGUUCGAGUAGCAGCAGCAAUGCCAGUAGCAGUAGUGGAACAGAACAAGGUGGAUCGAGCUCAAGUUCAUCUUCCAGUACAAUGGAUGCGGAAUAUCGAGAUGUAAAAGACGAUGAUAAGAAUAAUAAGAAAGCUGGAGGUGCUUAAGUGACUGACUAUCAGUUGCUUUGGGUCAUUUGUCGUUUUGUUUGUCUUAGCGCCUCUAUUUGCCUAGUAUAAAAAAGGUCUAAGGAUUGGUAGAAUAGAUGU